CUUCUAGUUAUAAACUUAUAUUUUACAAGGCAGCUUUCUUGUUUUUCAAAAAUAAGUGACUACGACAUAUAUGAAAGAAUGAAGCUCAAUUUGGUAGUGUUGGUUUUAUUCUCUUCGGUCCUGGUGACAUUUGGGGCACCCCAAGAAAAGGCAUAUGACCAUUUGAUGAACAAACUCAACAUAGCUCUACCCAACGUUGGAGAGAAAAAGUUGACAUUGAUGAAAAUCUUUGAUGAGCACAAGAAACCUUUACACGAUAACCUGGAAAAUUUCAAGGAAAAAAUGAACGGAUUCAUGAUGGAUGCCGGAUUCGAGAUCCUAGAUAAAGGUUUGAAUUUGGCUGAAAUAUUGCAGAAUAUGACGCAGAAGAUUAAAUCAGAUGUCCUGAAUUACUCGAAAAAACAAUAACAAUAUACACUUAUUUAAAAAUAGACUUUAUUGUAUUCCAACACGUUCAGAUACAAUAAAGAGAAUUUGAAAUCGA